AUGAAAGUUGACGAGCUAAUCAUUGAUGGAUUUAAAUCAUAUGCAACGCGUACAGUAAUAUCUGGAUGGGACUCACUGUUUAAUGCUAUAACUGGAUUAAAUGGUUCAGGUAAAUCAAAUAUUUUAGAUGCAAUAUGUUUUGUAUUGGGUAUAUCAUCUAUGCAAACAGUCAGAGCUUCAAAUUUACAGGAUUUAAUUUACAAGAGAGGUCAAGCAGGAGUAACGAAAGCAAGUGUGACGAUAGUAUUUGAUAAUUCUGAACUAACUAAAUCACCUAUUGGGUUUGAAAAAUGUACAACAAUAAGUGUAACUAGACAGAUAAUACUAGGUGGAACUUCUAAAUAUUUAAUCAAUGGUCAUAAAGCUCAACAAAAUACUGUAUUAAGUUUAUUUCAGAGUGUUCAAUUAAAUAUAAAUAAUCCAAACUUUUUAAUUAUGCAAGGAAAAAUUACAAAAGUCUUGAAUAUGAGGGCCACUGAAAUUUUAUCAUUAAUUGAGGAAGCAGCUGGGACCAGAACUUUUGAAGAAAAAAAAAUUAAAGCAAAAAAGAUUAUGGUUAAGAAAGAUCAAAAAUUAGCAGAAAUUAAAACCUUAUUGUUGGAAGAAAUCGAACCUAAAUUUGAAAAGUUCAGAAAUGACAAACGUGUAUAUGUUGAGUUCAAAAACACAGAAACUGCCUUGGAAAAACAUAGAAGGUUUGUUACAGCAAUUGAAUAUUUCCAAUUAUCACAACUGUUUAACAAUAAUUCAGAAUAUGUGAGUGUUCAUGAACAAAAAAUUGCUCAAUUACAUUUAGAAAUUGAUAAGUUGAGUCAUGAAAUUAAUAAUUUAAACGAAGAUUUGAAACAAGUGAAAGAAGCAAGAGAUAAAAAUUUGAAUAAAGAUGGUAAGUUGGGUGAGUUAGAAAAGCAAGAAAAUAAAUUAUCGAAUGAAAUAGAAAGAUUGAAAACGAGUAGAAGUUUGACGAAGGAAGAGAUUUUAAAUGAAACCGACAAAUUGGAGCUGCUACGGAAAAAACAGGCACAAUUAGAAACACAGUUGAAAGAAGGUGAGCAAACACUUGUGAAUCACGAAAAAAAACUUGAAAGUCAAAAGAAAGAGGUUGAGAAACUAAAAGAACAAUUCGAGAGAAAAGAAGAAUUAUUGACUGGUUUAAGUACAGGUUUGUCAACUAAAGGUAACGCGUCAAGCGGUUAUGUUUCCCAAUUGAAUGAAGUUAAAAAUAAGUUAAGCACAUCUAAAAAUUUGAUAUCUCAGCAUAAAAUGAAAAUAGAUCAUUUACAAAGUGGUCUUGAUUCUGAUAAACCUAAACUCUCAAAUGCUAAAAAGGAAUACGAUGGCUUUAUGAAAAAUAUCACCAAUUUAAAAAAUUCCAUCUCCAUGAAACAAAAGAAUCUUGAUGAAGCUUUAGGUUCGAAUCCUCAAAACGUGACCGAACUCCGGGACAAAGAAUCACGAUUAAAGCAACAACAGAAUGCUUUACUAAAUGAAUUGAGCAAUAUGAAGCAAAGUUUAAGAGGUCUAGAUUUUCAUUAUGAACAUCCUUAUAAUAAUUUUGAUGAUACUUUGGUGAAAGGUGUUGUUGCACAGUUAUUCGAUCUUCCUGAAUCCUCAUAUGAUAAAGCAAUAGCCUUACAAACUUGUGCUGGUGGUAGAUUAUAUAAUGUUGUUGUUGAUACAGCUGAUGUUGCCUCUCAAUUAUUGGAAAGAGGAAGGUUAAGAAAAAGAGUUACCAUGAUUCCUUUAGAUAAGAUAAAUCCAAAUGUCGUAGGAACUGCGGUAAUUGAACGUGCACAUAAUAUAGCCCCAAAUAAAGUAGAAUUGGCUAUAAAUUUAGUUGAAUAUGAUCCAAAAAUACAGAAAGCAAUGCAAUAUGUAUUUGGAACUACAUUUAUAUGUGCGGAUCCAGAUGCAGCCAAAAAGGUAACUUUCGAUCCUCAAAUCAGAACAAGAUCCAUAACUAUAGAAGGUGAUACGUAUGAUCCAGAAGGUAAUGUAUCUGGUGGCUCUAGAAGAUUUAAUUCAUCAAUUCUUUUAAUAUUACGUGACUAUAAUAAAGUGCUUAAAAAGUUGAAUGGUAUUGAAGAAGAAUUGAAAUAUUUGCAAAAUGAAAUAACAAGUUGGGAAAACACAAUGAAAGCUACUGCUGGUAUGAGAAAAGAAAUAGAAAUGGAUAAGUACGAAUUGUCUAUACAGGAAAGAAAAUUAGAAUCCAAUCAAGCAUCAUCUAUAUUAAAAUUGAAUGAACAAAGAACGAAAGAAAUUGAAGCAUUGAAAAAUGAAAUUGAGACAAAUAAGAAAAAUUGUGAGAGUUAUGAAGAAGAAAUCAAGCAAAUAGAAAAAGAUAUUAAAGAAUUCAGUAGCGAUAAAUCCACAAAAAUUAAUGAGUUGAAAUCAGAAGUCUCAAAAUUAAAGUCAAACGUUGAAAAAAGUGAAGAACAAGUGGCUCUUGAAGUUGAAAAUUUUCAAGUUUUACAAUGGGAAAUAGAUCAACAGAAAAACGAAUUUAAGGAGACCACACAUAAUAUCGAGGCCACCACUAAGUUAAUAGAAGAGUUGAAUAAAAAGGAAGAACAAGAUCAACAAACGUAUUCAGGGUUGGAAAGAGAACUCAUCAUUGUAAAAGAUCAAGUUGAGGAGGAGAAAACAAGUUUGGCAGGUUUAGAUGAAGAAAUGAAUGAAUUAAUUAAAAUCAUUUCAUCAAAAAACAAAAAAUCAGAAAGUAUUAAAAUCAAGAUAAAAUCCAUUCAAUUUGAACUAGAUAAAGCUAACAAUGCUACAACCAAUUUGAAAACAAGAUUAGACGAAUUGAUGAGUGAACAUGAAUGGGUUUUAGAUAUGAGAGCAGUAGAAAGGGAAAUAUCAGAUCACAACAACACAACAUUUGAAGAAGCAAAAGAUCAUUUAAAUCAAUUAGAAGAUAAAUUUCAAAGUAUAAGACGAAAAGUUAAUGUAAAUAUAAUGAGUAUGAUUGAGGAGAAUGAAAAAAGAGAAUCAGCAUUAAAAUUAAAAAUUAAAACUAUUGAAAAAGAUAAAAAUAAAAUCGAAACAACUAUUGAAAAGUUAAAUGGAGAGAUUAGAAAAGCUUUGAAUGCAACAUAUCAAAAAGUUUCUGAAGAUUUUGGUCAAAUAUUUGCUGAUUUGUUGCCUGGUUCAUUUGCUAAAUUAGUACCAGUAGACAUGAUGGAUGUUACCAAGGGAUUGGAAGUAAAAGUUAAAUUAGGUCCAGUUUGGAAAAAUAGUUUGGUUGAAUUAUCCGGAGGUCAAAGAUCAUUAAUUGCAUUAUCAUUAAUUAUGGCUCUAUUACAAUUUAAUCCAGCUCCUAUGUAUAUUUUAGAUGAAGUUGAUGCUGCAUUAGAUUUAUCACAUACUCAAAAUAUAGGUCAUUUAAUAAAAACAAGAUUUAAAGGUUCCCAAUUUAUAGUUGUUUCAUUAAAAGAAGGUAUGUUUACUAAUGCUAAUCGUGUAUUUAGAACCAGAUUCCAAGAUGGUACAUCUGUUGUAUCUGUAUUAUAA